CUUUAUGACAGCAGAGCCUCACAGCAUAUGUCCCCUUGCCGAGAUCGCUUUAUUAAUUUCAAGUCAAUUUCCCCACACCCCAUCCAAGCCGCUGACAAACGCACUUUCGAAGCCAUAGGCAGGGGUGAUCUACCCAUUGAACUCCCAAAC